UCCAAAACUAUCAACAGUGCAAGUCAGUACCAGUCACGAUCAGUUAAAUCGGUUACCAUAUUUAUCUUUCUUUAUUUUAAACAUAUCUAUGUCACAGUGAUGUCUCGAAAGACCAAGACAGAGGAAUAUUACCGCUUCUUCACUGUGACAGAUCCACGCACACACGAAAAAGGACACACAGAAUAUAAAGUGACAGCAAGGUUUGUGUCCAAGACUCAGCCAGAGAAUGUUAAAGAGGUGGUGGUGUGGAAGAGGUACUCAGAGCUGAAGAAGUUACACGGAGAGCUAGCGUACACUCAUAGAAACCUGUUCAGACGACUAGAGGAGUUUCCCCCUUUUCCACGAGCGCAGGUUUUUGGGCGCUUUGAUGAGGCAGUGAUUGAAGAUAGGAGAAAAGCAUCUGAGGCCAUGCUGCUCUUCACUACGAACAUUCCUGCUCUAUACAACAGUCCUCAACUCAAAGAUUUCUUCAGGGGAGGAGAUGUAAGGAAACCAUUAGACACAUCCACCAUUUCCAAUUAUCUGCCCCCUCCUCUUAUUCCCCUACCUGAGAGGGACACUGGGGUGUUGGCUGAGGAGGAGACAGGAAGAGAGGCUCCUAUCCAGGCCCAAGAACUGGAGUCCGACCAGAGGCUGACAGAUCUAACUACACCUGAGGAGGCAGUUGAGGCCCUCAGUGAAACAGAUACCUGCUCAAUGCAAGAGACACAAAGUGAAACAGAAAAACAGGUGCAGAAAACAAGAGAGGAAGAGAAGGAAAUUAAAGCACAUCAGAAUAACGGCACAGACCAAUCGGCUGCUGGUACCGACACUAUACCAUAUGGUUCUCUAGAAAUCCCAGGCUCUCCACUUGACCAAUCAGAGGAGUUUGAUUUGUUAUUUGAUUCUGGAUUGGAGGAACAUGCAGACAAGACUCCGCCUCUACUCUCAGAUACAGACCUUGCUAUUUUCGACCCAUGUGCGAAAGAAGAACAACCAUAUGGAUCACCCAGCCAUGCUGAACUUCUGUCAGUCCCUCUGACCAACCCAAACAGUUCUGAACCUGGCGGAGAUGCAAGCUAUGUGUCCCAGGCCAACGAAGAGCUGAAUGCUGCCCAGGAGCGAGAGAGGGAGGCCGAUUACAGUGUGGCAGUACAACGAUACAGAACAGCAGUUGAUAUACUUAUGAAAGGAGUGCAAGGAGAUGCGGAUUUGAAGAGGAGGGAUGCAGUGAAGAGGAAGAUUGCUGAGGUCCUGGAGCAAGCAGAGAGACUUCUCUCCAUACAGACUCCCACUCUCAACCACAAUACAUAGAGAAACAAUUGAAACACACACAAAAGUUAAAACUUCAUCAAACCUCGGAUACCCAAGCACACUCCCACGUACACACUCAUGCACUGAGAUUCUCUUUUUCUCUCUCUCACACACACACACACACAUACUCAUAUUCAAAUAACUCUGCCACAUUUUCACUCUUAAGUGUUACUCGCCAGCCACCCCCACACAGUCAACAUACACAUGCAUACACACACACAUUGACUCCCACAAAUCCUGCUUACCUAAAUAGUUACGAUCCAUGCAGGAUGUGCCCAAUUCUUUCUGAACAGCACUACACACCCUGCCCUGUAAGAACUUAUCAAGGGAUUUUUACUUGCUUUUACGCUAUUUUAACUUUAAAUCAAUGAUGACACUUUCUGAUCAGCCUUAGAAACGUCUUCUUAAAAUGUCUUUUGCUGAGAUUUUUUUUUUCUUAAAUUGAAUUGUAUUUAGUUGUAUCCAACGGUUGAGCUGUUGUGUAAAUGAAGAUGUUGUGUAAAUUACUGUUGUCUUAAUGAAGACAUUGCCUUUCCAAUUUAAUCUGCCUGUUUUGUAAAUUAUAAGCCUAUUGUUAUUAAAGUCAACAUGCAAUGGCAUUCGAAACCCAUUUUACUUCCAUAUGGUGACCUAUUUCCAUGGUUGGAUUCUAAUGGAAUACAUGUAAUUGCGUUGAGUAUUCAGAAUACAAAAAUGAAGUAACUGUAUUCAGGUCCUG